GCGCAAUUUUGGUCCAGGUCGCGCUCGCGGCCUCCGCGCGCCUGCCGUUUCAUAGGCUCUGAAUGCGAUUUCUAUUGCUCUACAGAUCGCCAGCUGACACCGCGCUCAAACCGUGCAAGCUGCCAGCUCGUAACCCUCACCUCGGCUGGACCACCGCCUGGCGCGACGCGACGCACCCGUGCGCGACCAGCAGACGAGCGCUACAACAGAAGCCAACCUCGCGGCAGACCAGCGGCAGCACAUAGUAGAAGAAACAACAUAACAUGGCCGCCCCCGCGACGGACCCGCCGCGCAAGCUGCCCUCGAUGUCCGACCAGCAGCAACAGAAUUUGGCGGACGUGCUGCCGAGCGAAGAUCCACUAGAUGCCACUGAUUUUGACCCGGUCGCGUAUCUAAACGUGUUGUUUCCGAACGAGCGGUCCUUGCCGUCGCUCGAACCACGCAUCGAGGACGCCGCGGAACAAGUAUCACAACUAGAUCUGGAGAUUAGUAAAGCGGUCCACGCCCAGGCCGAAGCGGGCGCACGAGCGACGAAGGACAUCGCGACGGCGCGCGAGGCCAUGGCCGAACUUUGCACACGGGUCGCGUCCAUCAAGACCAAGGCCUCGGAGAGCGAGAACUUGGUCAGGGAAAUUUGUGCAGAUAUAAAAGAUCUAGAUCGCGCGAAACGGAAUCUACAGAGAACGAUAACAGCUUUAAAACGGCUCCACAUGCUUCAUGCGGCGUCCGCGCAACUCAAAGACGCGGUAGCACAAAAGAGGUACGGCGAGGCGGCCAACCUGUUAGAUGCCAUCGGCCACUUGGAAACUUAUUUUGCGCCCUUCGGGAACGUGCCACGGGUGGCGUCCUUGUCGCAAGACGUGGAACAGGUGCGUUCUAGGUUAAAACAAGAGGUCUUCGGGGCCUUUGAGAAGGCCUCGAUAUUGUCCGAGAAUAGCACCAUUGAUGGUUUUGAUGCGUAUGGGGGCUUGCGGGACUGCUGUCUCGUUGUCGAUGCUCUGGGUCCUGCGGCUCGAGAAAGGCAGGUCUCGGCCUUUGUGGCGAGGCAAUUGCAGCCCUAUCGAAAACUGUUCCCGAAGGGUGGUGAAGAUUCUACACUAGAAAAUGUGGAUCGGCGCUUCGCCUGGAUCCGGCGAGUGCUCAAGAAGUACCGGGAGACCUACGCCGUCAAACUACCCGCGAAAUGGCGCGUCGAGAAACGAUUAGUAUUAGCGUUUGCAGCAAGAUCACGAGAAAUGCUCCUCGAUGUCCUAUCAUCCGGAGAGAACGAGGGCGUCGCGCCCGUGCUCACAGCUCUCCAGAAAGCCUUGGUCUUCGAGAAGGAGGCCCAGCAGUCGGUGGAAGAUGACGAAGCCGCACUGAGAAGGGAGCCUCCUUCUGAGGAGAGUGAAAUCAACGAGGACCACCUGACCGAUGCGCAGUUACAACGGGUGCAGGAGGACAAGCGAGCCAAAGAGGAAGAAGACGGGCUCGCGAGAACAAAAAUCUUAGGUGCACUGAGUAGUGUUUUUGACCCGUUCAUGGACGGUUAUAUUUCAUUGGAGAAGCAGAAUUUGGAGGAUGUGCUCCAACGGACCGUGUCCGAGGACGCCGUGGACCGGGACGGGGCUCUGCCGGUGCUGGCUUCUUCCGUGCAUGUGUUUGCUUAUAUCAAGACGAGCGUGAGGCGGUGUACCGCGUUAACGACGGGCCAGACCUUCUUUAAACUCCACCGAGCCUUUGGUGAGUGUUUGAAGAGUUAUGCGGCGCGGCUUGGGGGUUUGCUAGAUGUUGUGGACGCGCCGCAACAACAAAAGUCCUCGUCGCGAGGGGCGCGCGUUUUGUUAGAUGCCAUGAAGCGGCAUCAAACCGAGCAGAACGAGUCGGAUGGCGAGGACCUCGCGAUUAAUGAUGCGGAGGCGGCCUGCUACUGUUUGAACACGGCGGAAUACUGCGCCGAGACCGCGGGGCAGCUGGCCGAGAUCGUGCGAGGUAAGAUCGACGACCAGUACCGAGAAAGGGUCGAUCUCACUCAAGUGGAGGACGCGUUCCAUGAUGUGGUUGCCAGAGCGGUCACGAAAGUGGUCGGGGCGUUGGAGACCGCGAUCGCGCCUGCCUUGCGCAAAGCUAAGACCGCAAAAUGGGGCGUCCUCGACACGAUCGACGAAGAAAGCGUGUACGUGGGCGACGUCGUGAAGGCGAUCAAGCGGGUGGCGCCCGCGGUUAGGGCGUUGCUGUCUCCUCUAUACUUCCGCAACUUUUGCGACAAGUUUGCUUCCGCGUUUUUCGCGAAAUAUUAUGAUCUCAUAAGAACCCAAAAACGCAUCAACGAGAUGGGCACGCAUCAGUUAUUGUUGGAUCUGCAUUCCCUGAAGCCCGCUCUGUUGGCACUGCCAACCAUGGGAGACGAGUCAUCACCUCCGGCGCCGGCCGCGUACAACAAAUUUAUACUAUCAGAGAGCGCCAAGGUCGAAACUUUACUAAAACUCGUGGGCACGCCGACGGACGCGUUGGUGGAGCGCUUCAAGAUUAUGUGGCCUGACGGCUCCGAGAAAGACCUGGCGCGCGUGUGCGCUGUGAAAGGCAUGAAGCGCGCCGAGAUCGCGUUCACGCUCGAGACGUUUGGGGCCGACGCGGCGACUGCUAGAUCUGCGGCCGAGGAGCAGGUCCGAUCGCAGAGCCCGCCGCCGGCCGCGGCGUCGUCCAACGACCUGUCCGAGCGGCUCCGGCUCGGCGUGUCGUCGCUGUCGACGUUCGGGAGGAGCUAGUAAGAAAC